ACUUGUUUGAUUGUAAGGAUGUAUACAGUUUCGGUCCGAGUUGCCAGCGGUACCUCAUUUAUCGAUUCACCUUAGAUUCGCCUACGGAGAGCCCGCUGUAUCCUUGAAUCGCCAGAGAAUCGUCUCUGAAAACAAUAUUUCGCUUUCUUGGAAAGCUGGGGUAUUCUUAGUGUCCCGUGCACCAUGUGCUAAUAUCAACCUAGUGAAGGCAUGGCACAAGAUGCUCCCUUCUGCCGCUGGGCUUCACUUUUCAUCAGGCCAUCAUCAUGUGAGACCAUCACUCAAGUAUAUGUACCGACGCGUGUGAUACUUCCAUUUCUCCCUGACACGCCUGGCUCUUGGUCUUCCUGCACCCAAGUCUAUUUAUCCUCUUCACCGGCUCGAGUUUCUCUUGACUGACGAAUGCUAUGUCUCAUACAUCUCCUACAACGUUCUUGGUCUGGUCCCUCUGUUCUUUCAUUCUCUUCUCGUUUUUGCUAUAUCAUCUAUGGUCGUUUGACAGAUUCAAAUGCCUCAAGUGGAAUAGUGGUCCUUACUCUGGGGCAUUCAAGCGUAUUAUGACAUACACCUACCUAAUGAGUGUACCGUUGAUACUCACAUUUGCUACUGGAUUUACGGUCAUCAAAUACCAAGAGGGAUACAUUGUGCAUCCCACUCAUGGAAUUAUCCCAAAACCGUUCCAGCUAUGGAGCGAACCUGCAAGAAACUCAAUCUUCCCACUCAUGCUCAUGUUCUCAAUCGGGUGGUCGUUGGAAAUGGUAACUCACUUAGAGGAGCUAUGCUUUUGGCUUUUCCUCCUCAACGCGAGGUCGGGUCAACAAGACUGGUUCCACAGUCUUUAUUUCAAAACUUGGACCAUCGGAUCUAUUAUUGCAGUAACAUACAUGCCUCUGGUGACUAUACUCACAAGAAAUGAUGGGCUCAGGAGUGAAGCGUAUACGUUUUUGUCCGGUGGAAUAGGAAGCCUAUCGCUGACUAUUUGGUUUUCUCCUAUCCUAUGGACGUUCAAGUCGUUUCUGAGCACUCUGAAGCAAGAGGGCGUCGACAACUCGACAGUUGUUCGUCUCACGAAAUUUCAUGAACUUAAUAUGAUUCGGGUCCUCUUCCGCUACAUGUUUACGGUGCCCCUCGUGAUUCUUGGUGCUGAUGGCCUGACUCCGCACACCGAGAUAAACGAAAAUGCCUUUGCCACAGACCUUCUGGCACUUUUAGCGGCUUUUGGAUGUAUUGUGUCGUCUGGCCUGACUCUCGUUAUCUUCUUCCCCCGGUCUAUCGAAGGCGAAAUCGCCACACGCGAAGCUGCAAAGGAGAUCAAACACCAACAAGGCAAUAGCAACGAAGAUAUCUGCCAAAGCCGUUCAAGCUACGCACAAUCACUGACGUCGCAAAACCACCAGCUCAGUGGGACCUACCUACUUGCUACGUCACCCACAAAACCCAACUUUACUAUACCGAACAGAGAUUCCGCUCUUUCGGUUGAAGAUGCUCGGAAAUCACCUCAUUCCCUGGAAUCAGCUUCCAACGCAUGGGACGAAUCGCUCGAGCCUCCGACAUCGUUGCCCAAGCUGGGGCCCAUGAGACCCAAUCGGCGAAGAGGAUCCAAUGUCGAGCUUGGUGGUAUCGACUACGGAUUGACGGAAGCGAAUUUGUCAAAGCACAACAUCACGACGUCAAGCUUGAAUCCCAUGGUCCAUACUUUCACGUCACCGAUCGACAUGGUAUCUUCUCCACCAGGACUGGAGAUGCGCCAGAACCGAAACUACCUAUUUUCAAGGACGGAGUCCCGGUUGACGUUCAAUAACCGAAGUAGUUAAGCUGGAUUUUGGGAUAGUGUGUACAUGAUCGAAAAUAUUCUUCGCAGUCGUAGCAGCAUCGAUUUUGCACAGGACAGUUGGGCCUGGGCUAGCGAGCGAAUCGGAUGAGUUUUCGGUUCGACUGUGAGGCUUGACACCAUUUGCUGAAGAAAAUAGAUGGCUCCUUUUUCAGCCGAUUGUUGAACCUUAAGUUCUGACCUUCUGCCUACCUCUGGCGGUCUUCCGAUUGUCGUAUAAAGAACACGACCUCGGGCCGACAGUGUCGUGGCAGGCAACAAUUUGAAACGGCAAGCUACAUCUGUUUUCUACGUCCACCAUAUCCGAUAUACUAUAGGAGAGCCAUUCCUUUU